AUCAGCUACUAGGCCCCUAUUCCCCGCCUUCGCAUCCCACAGUCCUGCAGCCAGCGUCAUGUCUACCUAUCCUGACGCCGCUCUCGACCCGUCAUACGAAUUGGAUGCCCCUCGACCGAGAUUAGGACACGAACGUGGCUUUCGCGAGCCGCGCUUCGAAUGCGAUCCGGAGCCAGUCCGGCCCCUGCGCAGUAGGCUCAUUGGCCUCAUUUGUAAAGGUCGAUCGAAGGCACACAAACCUGGAUUGUGGGGAUUUUGCAUUGUCCGGACUUGCUACGACAACGACGACCAGUUCCAGCAUGCUCUCGCCGUCAUCGACGCAGCAGUAGCCUAUAGCAGUGCCGAAGAAGCACGGUGCACAGAGCGUACUAUCAGCGAAAUCAAAACGAAGAGAUGGCCGGAGUUCCAGAAGAGAGACUGGGAGCUAGACCGUGCAACCAUACCGGACCACUGCGAUCCACGGCCAAACCAGGAGCUGCUAGCACGGUAUAGCAACGACAUUCUACAGGACCGUGAGCACCUCGCGGGCGCCGACGACGCAAAAGUCCGCGAGUACUUCGAUACGUGGGUCCUAUCUCGUGGCGAGCCGAGAAACCGUCUCGCCUUCCCGCGAUAUGACGCUUGUUUCGUACUCGACGCGGACACCCUUAGGCGACUCGCCACUGUAGAUACGGCGAAUAUUGAGGCGGUUGUACGGCCAUCCCUUUCCAAACCACCACCGUGCUGGCUUAAGGUCAUGGAGCGCCAGAUACAAGAACUUUACUACCCCAUGCACAUACCGCAGCACGACGAGCCCAAGCGCCCUCUUCCAAGUACGUGGCGCCUCGGACUGUUUGAUGGGGCCUAUGAUUUGGUCGAUUAUUGGUGGACUCGCUUCGAAGCAGAGCCUGACUUUGAAAUCCGACCGUAUCUCCGCAACCUUGGGGAUCCUGAUCCCGACGCCCGCUAUUAUAGUGAUCCAUCUUUCUCUUUCUAGCAAAUCAAACCAGACAUGUGACGGCCGGGACCAACAGGGGAUUUUUUGGGCCAGAAGACAGGACAAACAAGGCCGUAGCAACAGGCCAUGGACAAGGGCGGGGGCUAGCCAUCGGCAAUAGCCGAGACAAUGAUAGUGUUGAUAAAGCAGAAGAUAGGACGCUUCGCCUGUGGAAACGUGCAUAUUGUUCUAUAUUACUUUAGCUGGGAGACACAGACGAGAACGCCCUCAUCAUAGUGCAGACUCACGGCUGCGGCUUCCGAUCCUCUCCCUUGUGAUGUAUCAGCUUCAAUAGCAUUCCUAGGACGGGUUUCCCGGUUACUGGAUCCCUGACGAUCAUCAGGUUGAUAUCCUCGUAGUACAGGCACUUCGGGCGGCCUCUUGCAGUCUUUUCUGUGUUAAGAGAUCUCUGAUCUUCUUCGAAUCCUCAUCGAGGU